AUGCCAGGCAGGCGCAGGGGCCCCAGGGGGGCCGGAGGCGGACCCAGAGACCAGGGGAUCCCGUCGCGGCUCGCGAGUGAGACCCCCCACGCCGCCACCUCCUCGCCCCCAGGGCCCUGCAGCCCACCUUUGAUGCCACAUCAAAACGCCUUAUUGCCGCUCGAGUCCGAUUCCGUUUCCUCAGCUCCGCCCGCAGAUCGAUUCUCCCUGCAGGUCGCUGAGGGCGCCGCGUCCCGGCCUCCGGACGAGGCAGAGCGGUCAAGCCUUGCGCCUGCCGUACUCGAAUGCCUAGGCCUCCAGAGAGUCUCCGCCAUUCCAGGGACCCUGGCCUCCGCCACCACUUACACGAACCGGCGGUUGAUGCGGUCUCGGCUCCUAGCACAGGGCAAAUGGCGUCUGCUGAGGAACCUACUGAGCCGCCCUGGCGCGCUGGACGUCUUGCGCAAGCGCCCGGCGUGGAGUCCGACGCUGCGACUCGCGUCUGCAAGCGCAGUGCACAGCAGCCGCCGGCGGGGGAAGCUGAGGUGGCGGACGCGGACCCUGGGAUGGCGGAGGACCUGGUCUACGGCGAGUCAAGGGUUCCCUGCACAGCCGCCGGGCGGGGUGCGAGGCUGGACGCGGCUGGCUGAGCUGACCGCAGGUGAGACCGUCGGGCGGAGCUGGAAGCGAUGGAACCUGGACAUGGCGGCAAACAAGAGCGUCCCGAUGGAGCGGCUCAAGAAGGCUGUUAAGGAAGAAGGGCAGGAUCCCGAUGAACUUGGCAUCACAGGACGCAAGAAGACAAAGAGAUGCGUCAGCUGACAAAAGAUGGAGGAAGAAGGCACAGAAGACAACGGCCUGGAAGAAGAUUCCAGAGAUGGGCAGGAGGAUAUGGAGACAGGUUUAGAGAGCUUGCGGAAUAUGGACGUGAUGGAUGUCGGUGUGUUGGAAGAGAGCGAAGUUGAAAACAGCACCGCUCCCGACUUUGGGGAGGACGGCACGGACAGCAUUCUUGGUUCCCUGUGUGACAGCAAAGAAUAUGUGGCGGCACAGCUGCGAGAGCUCCCUGCGCAGCUCACAGAGCACGCUGUGGAUGGGGAGGGCUUCGAGAAUACUUUGGAUGCUUCAUCAUUGGACUUCAAAGUACCUCCGGAUAUUGAAGAACCUCUCUUGGAGCCAGCCAGUGAGGGCGCUGAUCAGAAAAUGAGCUCUUUUAAGGAAGAAAAAGAUAUAAAGCCAAUCAUUAAAGAUGAAAAAGGUCGUACCGGAAGCAGCUCUGGCAGGAACCUGUGGGUCAGUGGACUGUCCUCCACAACUCGAGCGACAGAUCUGAAGAAUCUAUUCAACAAGUAUGGAAAGGUUGUCGGGGCCAAAGUGGUGACCAACGCCCGCAGUCCUGGAGCUCGGUGCUAUGGGUUUGUCACCAUGUCGACAUCUGAUGAGGCUACAAAGUGCAUCAGCCAUCUCCACAGAACUGAGCUUCACGGAAGAAUGAUCUCCGUCGAGAAGGCCAAAAAUGAACCGGCUGGGAAAAAGCUGUCCGACAGAAAAGAGUGUGAAGUGAAGAAGGAAAAACUAACUAGUGUUGACAGACAUCAUCCCGUGGAGAUCAAAAUUGAAAAAACCGUGAUUAAGAAGGAAGAGAAGUUGGAGAAAAAGGAGGAAAAAAAGCCUGAAGACAUUAAGAAGGAAGAAAAGGAAGAGGAUGAGCCGAAACCAGGACCUGCAAAUCGGUCGAGAGUCACCAAAUCAGGAAGCAGAGGAAUGGAACGGACAGUCGUGAUGGAUAAAUCGAAAGGAGAGCCUGUCAUUAGCGUGAAAACCACAAGCAGGUCAAAAGAGAGAAGCUCCAAGAGUCAGGAUCGCAAAUCGGAAAGCAAGGAGAAGAGAGACAUCUUGUCGUUUGAUAAAAUCAAAGAGCAAAGGGAGCGUGAACGCCAGAGGCAGCGGGAACGGGAGAUCCGAGAGACGGAGAGGCGGCGAGAGCGGGAGCAGCGUGAGCGGGAGCAGCGCCUGGAGGCCUUCCACGAGCGGAAGGAGAAGGCGCGCCUGCAGCGGGAGCGCCUGCAGCUCGAGUGCCAGCGGCAGCGCCUGGAGCGCGAGCGCAUGGAGCGGGAGCGGCUCGAGCGCGAGCGCAUGCGCGUGGAGCGCGAGCGCCGCAAGGAGCAGGAGCGCAUCCACCGGGAGCGCGAGGAGCUGCGGCGCCAGCAGGAGCAGCUGCGCUACGAGCAGGAGCGGCGGCCGGUGCUGCGGAGGCCCUACGACGACGGCCGGCGAGAUGAUGCUUAUUGGCCGGAAGGAAAGCGUGUGGCCAUGGAGGACAGGUACCGCCCAGACUUCCCUCGGCCCGAUCACCGCUUCCACGACUUUGACCAUCGAGACCGGGCCCAGUACCAGGACCACGUGGCUGACAGGAGAGAAGGUUCAAGGUCAGUGAUGGGAGAGCGAGAUGGGCAACACUACUCAGAUGAACGCCACGGCCACGGAGGACCACCAGAGCGCCAUAGCCGAGACUCCCGAGACAGCUGGGGGGGCUACGGCUCCGACAAGAGGAUGAGUGAGGGCCGGGGGCCGCCGCCCCCACCCAGGGCUGGACGUGACUGGGCGGAGCAUCAGGAGCGCGUGUGGCCGGGUUCGGUGGACGCAGGCACGGCGGGACGGGAGCACGCGCGGUGGCAAGGUGGUGAGAGGGGCCUCUCUGGGCCCUCGGGGCCAGGACACAUGGCAAAUCGGGGCGGGAUGUCGGGGCGAGGCGGCUUUGCACAAGGCGGGCAUUCCCAGGGUCACAUGGUGCCCGGUGGCGGACUGGAAGGUGGACUGGCCGGCCAGGACCGGGGCAGCAGAGUUCCGCACCCCCACCCCCACCCCCACCCGUAUCCCCACUUCACCCGCCGCUACUAA